AGGCUGAGGAGCUGGGUGGUGGAGGAGGAGAAGACGACCCAGGACCUGAGGAAGAGGAAGAAGACUAAAGAAUAAAAGACUUCUUUGGUUUUACUUUUUCAUCCAUGUUUUUGUUCACUUUUCACCAUCAGAACCUUGUUUUAAUUCACUAUAAACAGUGUAAAGAGUGUAGGCAGCAGCUGACGGGCACAGAGCAGCUCUGGAGCGGUUUUAGCAGCUUUUAAAAAAUCAUCACUUCAUGCAAAACAGAAGAAGAGUUGUUUGGUAAACAGUGGAGCCUGCUGGUGAAGCUAACGGUCUAGCCUCGCUGGCUGGGUCCCAGCAGGGCUGCAUCUCUGCUCCGUUCGCCCAUCAGACGGAGAGAAGAGAGUCAGAUCACACGUCCCCGCCGUGGAACGCUGCUGUGGGCUCCAGGCACGAAAAUAAACACGGAAAAACACCGCCAAGGCCCGUGGCGUGCAGUCUGAAGGGGAACCAGAACCUCGAAAGAAAGGGUUAGAGGGUGUGUGUGUGUGUGUGAGUGGGUGGGUGCAGGAAAGGAAGUGCCAGAGAAGGUAGAAGUGAAAGGAGAGCAGUAGAAAUCAACAGAUGACAGGAACAGAAGAAGACGGAGGAGACGGACUGUCGGGAGAAAAGGAGGAGAAGCAGAGGAGGACGAGCGGAUGGGAGGCACGCUCCCAGAAAAGCAUGAUGCUGAGGUGAGCAGCUGAGACCGGACACACCUUUGCACAAUCAGACGGUCAUGAUGAGCUGGUCGUUAGGUAGCUCCGCCCCCAUUCCUGCUGAGAAGCCAGUAACACCUCCCCCUUUGACCACGCCUCCUCGUAAAUCAUCGAUCCGCCUCCAGGAGAGGCGGGGAUCCAACCUGUCGCUCUUACUGGAUGUGAGCACUUUGGGGGCGGAGACUGUUUGCUCUGUCUCCACCCCUAAGGAGGUGUGGCUGCAGCUGCUCCACACCUCCUCCCGCCCUCUUGCACAUGCUCAGUUACAGGAAGCUGCUUCAGACACCACCACCCUGAACGCGGAGUAUCAGAAAAUCCCUCCUAACUUUGUGGACGCUGCGGACCUGGAUGUCCCAGGUCACAUGAUGAAAGACAGAUACAAAACCAUCCUUCCCAACCCUGAGAGCCGGGUCAUCCUGAAGAACCCUGAGGAAGAACUGGGACCGAGCGGCUACAUCAACGCCAACUACAUCAGGGGGUAUAAAGGGGCUCCGAGGGCCUACAUCGCCACCCAGGGCCCGAUGCUGCACACCGUCGGGGACUUCUGGGACAUGGUCUGGCAGGAGAGGAGCAGCAUCAUCGUCAUGGUUACAAAACUGAAGGAGAACAACGAGAAAUGUGAGCCGUACUGGCCACAGCCAAGGCACAAAACGGAGGAGGUGAAGGAGGAGGACGAGGAUCAGGAGGGAGAGAAGAAUGGCCGGAGACAGGAAGAGGAAGGAGAGAUGAGACAGUUUGGCAGAUUCCUGAUGAAAGUGAAGAACAGCCAGGAGAGAGACGGUUUCAUCAUCACGGAUCUGGAGAUCCAGCUGCUCUCAGAGCGCCGUGCAGUCAGACACUACUGGUUUAGCUCCUGGCCUGACCACCACGUCCCAGAAUGCAUUGUUUCCCUGCUGAGACUGGUGGAAGAUGUGGAGAUGCACAGGAAGUCCCUCAAAUCACCCCCCAGCUCUGAGCCAAUCACAGGCCCGGUUCCUGGUUCUGGUGCGGUCAUCAUCCACUGCAGCGCCGGCAUCGGGAGGACCGGUUGUUUCGUAGCGAGCAGCAUCGGCUGUCAGCAGCUCAGGGAAACGGGUCAGGUCGACAUCCUGGAGACGGUUUGUCAGCUCCGACUGGACAGGGGUGGGAUGAUCCAGACCACAGAGCAGUACCAGUUCCUGUACGCCACGCUGGCCCAGUACAGCCUCCAGCUGCAGCACCAGCAGAACCAGAACAACCCAGAGGACCAGGUGGGUCUGCAGCUGCAGAACCUGCAGCUACAGAACAACAACUGACGGGGUCCAGGAUCUGGAAAACCAUCGGGAAUCAGAGGAAACCACCUCAGCAGAGGAGAACCGGGAAGAGGGAACACCAGAGCCUGGAAGCAGCAAGAACCGAUGCUCCUAACAGAUGGAGAAUCAUCAGAACCAGAACAACUAGAUUUCUGAUCCAGUUCUGACUCUACUGAGGAACCUGAACUGAAAACUGAAUGUCAGAUGGGAGAAAAGAAUUUAAACAGGAAUGUUUAUCCCAUGUUGGUUUUAUUCAGACUGAAGAAAAUAAUAAUGAAUCUGGGUCGGCCCGGUCCGGUUCAGCGUGGAUCCGAGGAUUACUUCAGUCGUUCCUGGGCUCAGAUUAUUUAUUUACUGUUUUAAAUUAGUUCUGCUUUCCUCAUCAGCCUGUAGAUGAAAACAGUUUUAAUGUUGAUCCCUUCUGAUUCCAAUAAACAGCCGUUUGUCCGUUUCA